CAGGGAGAAACCAUUAGUUGUCAUGUCAUUGUCAUUGCUCUCGGAAAAAGUGUAAACUCACGAAUCAACUCUGCUAGAGCUCCGUGUAUUUUUUCAAAAACUGAAGAGAUUUGGUCACGAAAAUGGGCCAAAAUCAAUCUGCCGGAAGUGGUGGCGACAAGAAGGACGAUAAGGACAAGAAGAAGAAGUAUGAGCCACCGAUUCCCACACGCGUUGGCAAGAAGAAGCGGAAGGUGAAGGGACCAGAUGCUGCCAUGAAACUGCCCCAAGUCACCCCGCAUACCCGGUGUCGUUUGAAGCUGCUAAAGUUGGAACGCAUAAAGGAUUACCUCCUGAUGGAGGAAGAAUUCAUCCGUAAUCAGGAGCGUCUGAAGCCACAAGAUGAGAAGAAUGAGGAGGAGCGUUCCAAGGUCGAUGAUUUGAGAGGAACGCCUAUGUCCGUGGGGAAUUUGGAAGAAAUCAUCGACGAUAAUCAUGCGAUAGUUUCCACGUCCGUUGGCAGUGAACACUAUGUGAGCAUUCUGUCCUUCGUUGAUAAGGAUCAGCUCGAACCAGGAUGCUCGGUACUGUUGAAUCACAAAGUUCACGCCGUUGUUGGUGUGUUGGGAGAUGAUACUGAUCCGAUGGUAACGGUGAUGAAACUGGAGAAAGCACCGCAAGAAACUUAUGCAGACAUCGGUGGCUUAGAUACACAAAUUCAAGAGAUUAAGGAGUCGGUUGAACUGCCCCUCACUCAUCCUGAAUACUAUGAAGAGAUGGGAAUCAAGCCGCCUAAGGGAGUUAUUCUAUACGGACCUCCGGGUACUGGCAAAACUCUUCUGGCGAAGGCCGUAGCCAAUCAAACGUCUGCAACAUUUUUACGAGUUGUGGGUUCCGAGUUGAUUCAAAAGUAUUUGGGUGAUGGUCCCAAAUUGGUUCGAGAGCUUUUUCGUGUUGCGGAAGAGCACGCUCCCUCGAUUGUUUUCAUCGAUGAAAUUGAUGCUGUCGGCACGAAGCGUUACGAUUCAAAUUCUGGCGGAGAGCGAGAAAUUCAGAGAACUAUGUUGGAACUGCUUAAUCAGUUGGAUGGAUUCGACUCACGUGGGGACGUUAAAGUUAUCAUGGCAACUAAUCGUAUCGAAACGCUCGAUCCGGCUCUGAUUCGUCCUGGUAGAAUUGAUCGUAAGAUCGAGUUUCCGCUUCCGGAUGAGAAGACGAAACGCCGUAUUUUCAACAUCCAUACAGCGCGUAUGACUCUGGCGGAAGAUGUUAAUCUGUCGGAGUUGAUCAUGGCCAAGGAUGAUCUCUCAGGGGCUGACAUCAAAGCCAUCUGUACUGAGGCCGGCUUGAUGGCCCUUCGCGAGCGCCGCAUGAAAGUAACUAAUGAAGAUUUUAAGAAAUCUAAGGAGAGUGUUCUUUAUCGUAAGAAGGAAGGCACCCCCGAAGGGCUAUAUCUAUAAAUUUGUAGUCAGGUUCAAGCAGUAUAACACAACAUAUAUAUUCGCUGUUUUGUAUUCUGUCCCAUUCAAUAAAAUAUUUCGGAAUUAUAAACUAGA